UUUGCAAAAAGGUAAACAAAACAAUAGAACUGCCUGAGAAGUGCAACCGUACGGAAUGCGGUUCUCACCUCUGGUCACACUCUGCUGCCAGCAAAAUAUAUUGCACUAGUACUAGGCUUUACUUAUUGUUUAGUGUGCACCUAGAUGUUAUGGUAAAAAUGGAUUGGUUCGAAAUGGAAGUAGAUGAGAAACGAAGCUCAAAGUGUUCAGACCACGACGACCGCACCGAUUAGCUUGGUGGACACCCGAAUCCGCCAGCGCACGCGCCUCCAAAACUUUGAUGGCUGCCUGGCGGUGGGCACCGAUUCGGGAGCUGUUCUACUCUGCGAUAUAAAACGCAGCGUUUUGAUUGCAAGUCGCGGUCAGAACCUAAGACUCCCAGAGAGGGAGAUCGCAUGUGGGCAGGUGAUCCGAAGACACUCCUCCGAGUGCUCCAUGGAGCAAAUAAACUUGGCAGUGGAGUUGGAUGUGGCCAAGGGCGAGGUGCGUUGUCUCAUUUGCGUUAAUUCCAUCACUGGCAUUGCCGUUGGCCUCAAGGAUGGCCGCAUUGUGAUCUACGAUCUGGAGAGUUUUCACAUUACCACAGUGUGAUACGUCCCCCGGUGGACUUGGCUUGCAGUGUGGAGCGACUCUGUGAUGUUGUGCCGCCAGAUGAUCCCAAGCCGUGCAUCUUCAUA